AUGUCUUUAAGUAAUGCGCUUGAUGCCAUUUUCGCGAGCAAUCUUACCGAUCCUUUGAAGCAACAAUGCAGAGACCUUCUCAAGCGUGACAUAAACGAGGCUGCAUUCAUUGUCGAUUCAUGGAACAGAUCAAAAGUUGCCAAUCCUCCUGAUAAUACUAUUCUUGAUGAUUAUCUUACCAAGAUGAUUGCCACUGCACCUACCACUGUAGUCGAUACCACCAAUGGUAAUAAGUUUACUUAA